AUGUCACUUGCCCAUGCCCAUGAAGAAUUUAACAAGACUUUUCCACAAAUUCAAAUUAGCUUGUCAAAGUUUUGUGAAUUACGUCCACAGAAUGUCAAGCUGUUUACAGAGGAAAUUCAAUAUUCGUUUAAAUGUGUCUACUGUGAGAACGCAAAAUUUCUGUUCAAUGCGAUUGCUCCGUUUAUUGCUGACUUUAGGAAUAGUUUAGAUGAUGUCAUGUUUAAAUUCUGUUGUGAUAAGGAAAACUAUCCAUGUAUUUCUGGUGAAUGCCCAAUAUGUCGAGAUCACAAGGAUACAUUAAUUGGAAUAUUACAGGUGGAUUGCAUGGAUAAAGUUGUCACUUAUCAGGAAUGGAGAAAAAAUGGAGGAUAUACAGAAAAAAUAACUGAACAUGCAGCAACUGUUAGGGAUGUUGUUGAAAAAAUCAUUUCUGGAUUGAAGCGUUUAAAAAUGCACAUUUAUUUAAAAAAAAUUCAACAGCAAUUUUUUUAUGACAUUAAACAUACGCAGUCACCAAAAAGUGCUACAAUGGUUGUUGACUUUGCAGAGAACUAUUCAGUAAAGGGUCAAAACGAGGUUCAGUCUUCAUAUUUUGGUCGUAAGCAAAUAAGCGUGUUCACGUGUGUUUCAUGGAUAGGACAAGAACAGCACGAAAGUUUCGCAAUUAUUAACGACAAUAUUCAGCACAGCAAGGAACAAGUCUAUUUUUAUUUAAAAUUAAUCAUUUCAGAGCUACAGAAGGAAUAUGAUUUAGAGAAUUUAGUGAUAUUUUCUGAUGGUGCGUCAAGUCAAUUCAAAAACCGCUUUUCAUUGUCAACGGUCAUGUUCUCAAAACGAGAUUUUAAUUUGGACAUGGAAUGGCAUUUUUUUUGCACGUCACAUGGAAAGUCCAGUGCUGAUGGAAUUGGAGCUGUUGUAAAAAGGGGUGUUUAUCAAAGAGUUUUACUUGACAAAUGCUCGGUUUACACAGCAAAAAAGUUUGUCGAAUGCUGUAAGACUUUUUGCAAUAAGAUUAAUGUUUUUGAGGUCAAACAAGAUGAUGUAAUAGAACAAACCAGAGCUAUAAAAGAGAGAUGGAAUCACAUCAGUCGAAUAGAUGGAAGUCGUGAUGCACACUGCUUUAAGCCCUCACUUUUAUUUGGUUCCAUUAUUUGCGCUAAAUCUUCAUUAAUGGAUGAUCCUGUUGAGAUUGGCAUCUUUAAUUAA